AUGGGCAGCAGGCUCCUGGAGCCCCCUGGCGGGGGUUACCAGGCGCUGUCCACCAACUACAGCGUGCCCUCAACGAAGUAUGAAGUCCCAACGACCUGGGGUUACUCCGUACCUGGCACGGCCUAUGAGACAGCAGGAAGCGUCCAAGGCACGUACUCGCCGCCGGAGACAAGCUACUUCCCGCAGAACAGCUUCGCCCCCGUCGCCACGAAGUAUGACUUCCCCUCGAAUGGGCACCCUUCAACGCUGCCAACUGCGACGCCUACACCCGGCAGCCAGUCCUACAUCCCAACACCAGCCAGCCAGACUCAGACGUACAACCCCAACCCCUUUGCCAGCCAGAUGACUGUCUAUGACGUUCCGGCAACGAGCUACGACGCCCCGCUGCGGAGUGGGAACCUGGCCGUGCCGGCCGCGUACGCCCCUGUCAACAUGACACCGGCAUCGACCUUCACGACCUUUACCACGCCCUCCACCUCCCAGGAUGGACUGACCAUGGGGGUCUACGGCCCCUGCAGUUCCGCUCCGGCCGCGGACCCGGCCCAGAUGACCUACGCCGCGCCCCUCUCCAGCGCGCCCCUCCACAGCUACAACCCACCGCCUGGCUACGCGUCACCGGCGCUGGGAACCAGAGAGGUCGCGCCCAUCUCCAGCGCGCCCCUCCAGAGCUACAACCCUCCGCCUGGCUACGCGUCGCCGGCGCUGGGAACCAGAGAGGUUGGAACUCCGCCGCCGGCCACGAUGGCUUUGGAUGCCACGUGCCGGGCGACGUUCUCGCCACCCCCAGAUCAGCAGGGCAGCAGCCGCGUGCCAGUCUACGCCGCGCCGGGGACUCCGGAGCGCGACCUUCUUAGUUCGGCCGCUGCCACGACCCUUCUCGGAGCAACGCCGUUGACUCACGGCCCGGGUACUGGCGUGGCGACACCCACCGCGCCGGGGCUCGGAACGGUGUCGACGCCCACUGCGGCGGGGCUCGGCACACUGAACGGCACGCCUUCGAAACCUCUUGGUUCCAUUCGACAGGUGCCCAUGCCCAGCACGCUGAUCAAGGAUCCCGAGAAUGCCACCGUGACGCAGCACCAUGCGAUGGUCAUGGCGACGCGAGAGCAGGCUCAGCCGGAGUACCUGACUGGGCGGACGCAAGAGGUGGAGGGCCCGCCGCAGGUGACGCAGCAGCAUACCCAGCAGGUUGUGAAUGGCGAGGUCCAGCAGCAAGUGGUGGAGGUGCCCAACGUGCAAGUCCACGAGAUCAUCCAGGAGAUCCCCGAGGUGCAGAUAGUCGACAAGAUCGUCGAGGUGCCACGCGUGGUGCAGCAGCCCGUCGAGCACAUCGUCGAGGAGAUCGCCGGGGCCUCGUGA